GUCAUUUGCUGGAUGACUAUGGGAAAUAAAAGUGUAUCAUUGGGAAAAACAGUUUUAUCGAGUGAUUUGGCAAAAAGAAAUUAGUUAAAUUUCCCAAUAUUGUGUACAGGAGACUCUAAAAAGCAUUGUGGUGAUUGUGCAAACGUGGGCAGUGACGGAAAUUCAUGAUUCCUCUUCCACGGGGGCUGAUGUAAGUGCGGAUUUGUGUCACCUGUAAAGAGCUAAAAGAAAGUGGACACGGAAAUGGAUGACUCCAGCGAUGAGAGUAUGGAAUCUGUGGAGUCCAAGCAGACGGAUCGCCAGGAAAAGCUGGGCUUUAAGCCUCAGAGUGAAAUAUGGUGCAAUAAGCAUCUGCCCUAUGCUGAAAAACUCGAUGAUGAAUCACAGAAAAUGCUUCGUGAAAUUAAAAUAUGUCUGGGAAAGGCUGUGGCGCUCAGGGAGAUGAAUCCCGCAAUUGGGAUCUACACAUCCAAGUUGAUGGCAUAUAUAAAGAUGUAUGGACUGAAAUUCUCCAAGGAAGAUCAUAUAAAAUUCAUCAAGCUCUUCCUCGAAUUGAUUUGCAUUCCUUACCUCGAGACGACAAAACUGGCAAAGUUUUGUGUUUUGUUGACUCAGCUAUUUGCGAAGCCUCACCUGAUAUCCCCGGAUGAUUUGCAAGUAGAUUGGCGACCCCUAUAUAACCUAAGCAAAAUAAUAUUAAAUAAGAAUUGCAACAAGGGCGUAAUGUAUCGCAUCUUCUCGAAGAAAGAUAGAAAGUCUGGAGAAAGUACAGAAAUGUCUCUUAUGGCCAGAUUGGCACAGCAAUAUGGUUUUGAUCCGACACCUCUUUUGGAUGAUAGAGACACAUCCUUGGAAGCAAAUUUGCAGUAUGUGAUCCAGUGCUGUGCCUAUUAUUUCCCCAAGUCCUCCACACAGGAGAUUCUUGAUGAACUUUACCCACAGCUUGAACCCCUUGACACUGGGAAAGAUUGUGCUGUAUUCGAUCUCCUUGGGAUCUUCCUUAAUCCCUACGAGGGACACGAGUUGUGGCUGGAGGACUUUAUGAAAUUGUGGAAUAUGUACCACAAUCCUUCGUGGAAUGUGGAUAUAAUGAAUUUAAUGGCCUCCACAGCAAGCCACAAUAUUGGGAGAAUUGACUGGGAGCCCCAUUUACCAGUUAUGUUCACGAGAAUUCUCCGAUCCGUUGACUUGCCGGUAGUAUACAAAAAUAUCGGAAGUUCCCGGAGUCAGAGUCUCUGGGCAUCAUCGGUGUCAAUGUGGAUUGUUUCGAUUCUGGGACCAAAGUCAUCUGGUCAGAAGUAUUUGGAUAAUUUCAUGGGAACCAUUGAGUCGUACUUACAUCCAGCCAAUUCCGGCAAGUGGGUGCACUUUCUCAGUGACAUACUAGUGCAGCUCGUGAAAUACUUCGAAGGGCGCCUUAUAGCGGAAAAAUACAGAAAACCCUCGUGGAUGCGUCGUGUUGCAGAUGAGCACAAACUCACGGAGGAGUGUAUUACGAAGUUUGUUGUGAGCAUGAAACCGGUGGCAUUUCAAGUUAUGUACUCCCGUGUGGGUUCAAACGAUGUGGGUAAGGUGUUUAAGCUUUUGGCUGAUUUGAGACCCGAAAUGAUCAUUCCGGGAGUUAUUGAGCGCGUCUAUGCUACACUGGAUUCACUGACUGAGCCGCACAAACUUACAGCAGCACUGCAGUGCUUUGUGAGUGUGGCAAGACCUCUUGUAUCAGGGCACAAUGGAUACACAGAGGGGCGAACUCAUGUGAUACCCAUUCUAAUGGCAACACUGCCGGGAAUUGAUCCGAAUGAUUUCAAAAAGACAUCCGUUGUACUGCAAUUUCUUACAUCUUUUGCACUGAUGGUACCCAUUGUUGAUUGCAGCAAAGCAAGCUUGUACUAUAGUGAUUUAACUGAGGAAGAGACGCUCAUCUGUGAACAAUCUGCUGAUUUGGGGGAUUUUGUGUUGCAGUUCUUGGAUAAAAUUUUCGUCCUGAUUGAUUCGAGUUCCGUCGAAUCUAUUCGCAUGGAACAAUCGGAUUCCGACAAUAUCCGAUCAAAAUUGGAAGCAGUAGCUGAAGCCCUAAUACAGUCGAGUGCUCAUGGGAUUUUAGCACAGUGCUCAGAUGAUAUAAAGAAAUCCGCUGCCAGGAAGGUGGAGCUCUUCAUUAAAUCGCACCUCUUUGAGCCAAAAGUGGCAGGAUUGCUGGCUGGAUGCCUCGUAAGGGUAAUGUCCAGAGUCAGUGGAGACUACUUUCUCCGUUCCAUUGUGCCUUAUUUGAUUGAUACUCUGGAGAAGUAUUUUAGUGAUCACGAUGACAUUGCUAGUGUGGAGAAGCAGAGUGAUGAAGUUCAGUACUAUCUGAUACUCCUGAUGAACACAAUGCGCGGUGAUCCGAGAUACUUUGUGCACUAUAUCGAUAGUAUUAUUCCCAUCAUUGAUCAAGUGAGCAGAUUUAAGUGCAAAUUGGCGAAUAAAAAAGCAGGGAGUAUGAUUUUGAAUAUUAUGAGCAAUGUGGCUACACUGCAGACAUUAGAUAUCCUCAGUAGCCCGGAGAUUGUGACAAAGCCCUUGGCGGAAUUUCUGCCGAUAAGGCAUUGGGGGGAGAAGAUGAAGCCCCAAGAUAGGAUAGCAUGGUAUAUGCCGGAUGAGAGCUGCCGGAAGGUUUGUGAGAAGUUAAUUCAUCGGUAUUUACCACCUAUUCUCGAUGCAUUUGAAAAGCACAUCAGUGGAGAGGUGACAAUAGACAGGGAUGACAUUCUAAGGGAUGUCACGAUGAUCACAUCCCUAAUUCGGUGCAAUAAUUUUCUUCCUGUAUGGAAUGAGGAACCACUGAAACUUGUGGAGUCUGCUAUUGAUGGCUACAGUGCCGAUGUGAGUCUUGGAUUUGAUAAUUUGGAAAUAACAAUGCCAGAUGGGCGCAAUGUACGCUUGGCUAUCAUUGAGACACUUUCAAAGCUCCAGAAGAAAAUCAUGGAAUGUUCGGAGGAUGAUAUUAAAUCCUUAAGGGCCAUUGUGGGUCUAUGGGAUAAAGUUCACAUUAGUCGACACUACAACACGGCUUUUGAUACCCAAAUGAAAAACUACAUGGCCACAAAACACUUCCAGAAUUACAAAUUGACGAUGCACAGGAGAAAUUUGAGGGCUGUGGCUGCCAUGAGAGUACUAAUGCAGCAAGAUUGUCGCGAUGAAUUGCGACGGGCGAAAUUCACAGCUACUCAUCGGGAGAUCAUGCGGAAUCUCCUGACACUAUCAACAUCAAAGUACAGCACAAUUAGAUCAAUGGCCCAAGGGAGAUUGUACAAUCUCUUCUCCAUCUAUGCCUUCUCCUAUCGAUGCAUACUCGAUGAGUUGGUGUCGUACUUGAGAUUGGACUCCAAUGAGCAUCACGAUAGCUUCAAGGGGGCCCUGUACAUACUCAACGGACAGAGACGGAUGCGUCUGAUUGUGAAACACGAUUGGGAGUGUGUGGAGAAGCUGUGGAUAACGUUGCUGCAGUCAACACUAUCGGAGAAGCCAUCUGUGGUGAAGCUUCUUGACAUUGUUAUUGAUGCCAUCAACAAUGAAUUUCCAACACUCACCAUUGAGUUGAGCAUCCCCGAGAAGUGCAUUGAGCAAGCCCUCGACAUACUCCCAAGCGAUGUUUCACUGUCCGCGGAGGACAUCCAAGUGGGGUAUACCAAACUCAUGAGCCGCAACAGUGAAAAUAGAAAGAGAUACGAAGACAUUCUCAAUAAAAUCGUGCAAACUGUAAAAGACAACUCACUCCAUUGGCGUUACAAUUUAAUGGCAUCCCUCAUGAUUUUCAAUCUUGUGCAUCCGGAGACAAAGUAUCCGGAAAUUGUGGCACGCUAUGUGGUACAGAAUCUCAUAAAUGAUUCAUUGGAGGAGAGAAAACUUGCUGUACGCACAAUGACUUACAUCAUGACACAGCAAAAGCGGGAACAUAAGAAAAUUCCGUUUAGCCCCUUUGAAAUUGCUGGAGUUGAGGCCCCAGAUACAAAACUCCUGCCGGGCUUCCGGAAAGAUAAUGCAUGGUUGCAGUAUGAUGUGGAGAGGGCGCCCAAGUGUCAAAGUGAUUGGGAUAAGCCACAUUUCAUCCACCGUGGUCAGGGCUACUUUGGCUGGAAGCCACAAUUUCAGCUGUAUGCACCCAGUGCUGAGCAACCAAUAUUGGAUCGGACAGACAGCGAUAUGAAUGCCAUUGAGAAGGUUAUCUACGAAUUUUUCAUUGAUCCGAAGAAUGUGGAAAAACUCGUGACAUUUUGGUCAUUGGAGGAGAAGAAGGGUAGAGAUAAAUUCAAUAGAUCACGUUUCUUCCUCAUCAAGAGCCUCUGUUCGUCUUUCGGUGAUGCUUUUCACGAUUCAUUUCUCAGUCAUUUGCCAAAGUUAAUUGCUGGGAAGGAGUGUGAGAGUAAUCAUAGAUGUGCGGCAGAAAUAAUGGCUGGUUUUAUGAAAGGCACCAAGCACUGGCCAUAUGAUAAAACACAGAAGCUCUUCGACACUCUACAGCCGCUCAUUCGAGAUGCCUUAAAUCAUGUGACUAACGAAACGGACGCCUAUUGGGGCACAUGCUUUGCCACAGCUGCCGAAAUGAUUGACCCCAUGAGGCAAUAUUGGCUGUAUGAGGUUCUCCUGGAGAAUCCCCUUAGGGAGACAACGAGCUUCAUUGACUGCAGUCGAAUUUACUGUCUCCAGGGUCCAUUCAAUCAGCACGUGUGGCGAAUGAACACCAUUGCAAAGAGGCUCCUCGACUACUUGCGCCCAUACUUUGUGCAUCCCUUCCAAAAUGUCCGCGAACGGCUCGGGAGUAUUUUAAUAAAUAUUUUCGAAGCAGAUCUCACAUUUCCCGGUGGCAAUGAACCCCUAUGUCCAAGAAUGAAGGAUUUUAUCAAUGAGAUUGUGCCACAAUUGCAAAUUCUUUACAACGAAUACCCCAAAAUUGCCAUUACAUCGCAGGCUGAGACUACAAAUGAGACAGCGGGGAGUGAGAGUGGCGACGGGAGUUCUGGGAGCAAUGGGGCAACCAAACAAGCUGACACGGAGUUUGAAGUGGCUGUGAGACUCUUUAAGACAAUAUCGCAUUGGGUAAUUGGUGUACUGAAUAGGACAACUAAUGGAAAUCAACCGGAAUACUUUGAAUUGCUGCCGUUUGCAUGUCGUCUGGAGAAAUGUGAACAAGAUACGGAGCUUCAGGUGAUUUGUACAUCUCUCCUGGCUAUGCUGUCGCAGGCACUCACCCUUCCGGAUUGCAUGGGGGCAUGUCUGGCGAAGAUUUAUGAGGUGUCGAGGAUGAGUUCAUGGUCAGCACGAUUGGCCGUAGUGGAUGUGCUUCAGGUGUUGGUGUUCAACAAUAUGUCAAUUGUACUGAGCCGUCUUGAAUGGGUGGAUGCUGUGCAGGAAAUUGUGCUGCGUCUGCUCGAAGAUACGGUGCUGGAGGUGAGGGAGAAGGCGGCUCAGGUGUUGGGUGGAUUGCUGCAUUGUUCCUUUCUCCCGGCAACGGAUAAACUACUUGAGUUGUUCAAGAAAAAGUGUCGCACAAAGGUGGUCAAGAGUUCAAGGCGGGUCGUGGCCGCAACGUGUGCCGUUGAAGCGACAAUGGCUGAAGCUUCUAUUGCCGAAUCGAGGGAAGCAAAUGCGGUGCGUGUGAGGCACACCGGAGUCCUUGGGCUAUGUGCCUUCAUUUCGGCCUAUCCCUAUGACAUACCUGACUUUGUUCCAGAUGUCUUUGAGCACCUUGGAGCUCAUCUCAAUGAUCCUCAACCGAUUCCGUCAACAAUAAGGAAAACAGUUGGGGAUUUUAAGAGGACACAUCAUGAUAAUUGGGCAACACACCAGCUUAAAUUUACGGAAGAUCAAUUAGCCGUGUUGAGCGAUUUAACUGUUCCCCCAUCAUAUUAUGCAUAGGAUAACUGGAGGACAUAGUCCUUACUACUAAAUUCACAAGGUAAAUUUUUGGGCGUAUGGAUAAAAUUGUUAAGAAUGUGCUAUCGUGUAGACAGAACUGUGGUAUGACAACUUAUUUGUGACAAUUUAUAACUUCCUAUGUAAAUUGCAAAAAUCCUGUUCUUUUCCCUUCUUUUUCUCACUGGACGACAACACCACAGUUCUUCCUGCAAGGUGAAAUACAAAAUAAAUAGAUAGUGUAAAAUGGAAAAAUGUGAGGUAAUGGAUUUUUCUAUUAAAAAAAAAUCUACACAUUAUUUAAUAAUAAUAUAUUUUAAAUAAAAUAAUUUUGUUCAAUUGCAAAA